GUGUGCAUGACUGGAGCUCUCACUAGCGCUGCUAGUGGACAAUCAAACCUACACACCCACCUCCAGACACACUCGCAUUUCUCAUUUCUUACUUCUACUCUAAAUUAGAUAGCAAGACGCAGUGUCGGAGCUCACAGAUCGCAUAGAAUUAGUUUGAAGUACUAGCGGUAGUUAAACAGUAAAUCUGAAAUUCAACAUGGAGUCCCCUCCAGAUCCAGCGAGCGACCCGGGCAACAGCGCCUCGGAGCCGGCUACCCCGGUCAGGGAAACCCCGGUAAACCUGGAGACGCUCCGGAAAGCGGACCAUCCAGCCCCGGUUCGAAGGCAGACCUGUUCCAGCACCAACAGAGGUAUCUCAGUAACAAAGAAGACGCAUACCUCUCAAAUCGAAAUAAUUCCCUGCAAGAUCUGUGGAGACAAAUCAUCAGGCAUCCAUUAUGGCGUGAUAACAUGUGAAGGCUGUAAGGGCUUCUUCAGGAGGAGUCAGCAGAGCAAUGCAGCCUACUCCUGCCCCCGUCAGAAGAACUGCCUGAUCGACCGUACCAGCCGCAACCGCUGCCAGCACUGCCGGCUGCAGAAGUGCCUGGCAGUGGGCAUGUCACGAGAUGCGGUGAAGUUCGGCCGCAUGUCCAAGAAGCAGCGAGACAGCCUGUACGCUGAGGUCCAGAAGCACCGGCUGCAGCAGCAGCAGCGUGACCACCAACAACAGCCUGGAGAGGCGGAGCCGCUCACACCUAGCUAUGGCCUCUCAGCCAAUGGCCUCACAGAGCUCCAUGACGACCUCAGCGGCUACAUGGAUGGUCACACCCCUGAUGGCAGCAAACCAGACUCGGCGGUCAGCAGCUUCUACCUGGACAUCCAGCCAUCUCCUGACCAGUCAGGCCUGGACAUCAACGGCAUCAAGCCGGAGCCCAUCUGCGACUUUGCCCCCGGCUCUGGCUUCUUCCCUUACUGCUCCUUCACCAACGGAGAAACCUCCCCCACCGUGUCCAUGGCUGAACUAGAGCACCUGGCCCAGAACAUCUCCAAGUCACACAUGGAGACAUGUCAGUAUCUGAGGGAGGAGCUGCAGCAGAUGACCUGGCAGGCCUUCCUGCAGGAGGAGGUGGAGAGCUACCAGAGCAAGCCCCGGGAAGUCAUGUGGCAGCUGUGUGCUAUCAAAAUAACAGAGGCCAUUCAGUAUGUGGUGGAGUUCGCCAAGCGCAUCGACGGCUUCAUGGAGCUGUGUCAGAACGAUCAGAUAGUGCUGCUGAAAGCAGGCUCUUUGGAAGUUGUGUUUGUCAGAAUGUGCCGUGCCUUUGACUCGCAAAACAACACAGUCUAUUUUGAUGGAAAGUAUGCCGGACCUGAUGUGUUCAAGUCAUUAGGCUGUGACGACUUGAUCAGCUCCGUCUUCGAGUUUGGGAAAAACUUGUGUUCUAUGCACCUGUCUGAGGAUGAGAUCGCCCUGUUCUCCGCCUUUGUGUUGAUGUCUGCUGACCGGUCUUGGCUCCAGGAGAAAGUGAAGGUGGAGAAACUCCAGCAGAAGAUCCAACUGGCCCUCCAGCACGUCCUGCAGAAGAACCACAGAGAGGAUGGUAUUCUUACAAAGUUGAUAUGCAAAGUGUCGACACUGCGAGCGCUGUGCAGUAGGCAUACAGAGAAGCUUACAGCUUUCAAAGCAAUAUACCCAGACAUUGUGCGUGCCCACUUCCCCCCCUUAUACAAGGAGCUGUUCGGAUCAGACUUUGAGCAGUCCAUGCCCGUUGACGGGUAGCAGCCCUGCCAGGUGCCAGUGUGCCCACCGUAGGGGAAUGUGGAGGAGGAAUCUGAGACACUUUAUUGGUGCCCUGCACAAACCAGAGCGGACAGAUGGCACGCUGUUCAACUUCUUCUUUUACAUCGGAGGGGAGGGCUUAGGGAGUUGAUUCUCAAGGUUUACUUUAUUGAAUUUUAGUUCUCUUUUGGAAGACUUGUGGGACCCGACACCCCAUGGGACACGAAGAGGAGAUAGGGACAAAUAAUUUCUGUCUGGUUGAACUUGGCCCUCUUUUGCGCAUUUCUAACAUGGAAAUUAAUUUCAUCCCUUAAUGUUCACCAGUAUUUAUUGCAUCAUUGCAUUAUAAUGAUUCAUCUGUGUAUCUGACUUGUAAUUGUACAAACAAUUACUGAGUCAAUUACAGAUUAAAAUAGCUGAAAUCUGUAUCGGUAUUAUUAUUUUUUUCAAAUUACAUUCCCAAAACAGUAUUGUCACAUUAAAAACUUUGAACACUUUUACCCCUGAUAUCCCCAAACAGCUGACAAAUGCGCACACUUUGGUCAAGUUCAGCCCCUUUUUUCUCUUGUGUUCAGUCGUAUCUUUUCGGACGCAGUUCUUGGAAUGAAAACUCACAGCGACUUUGAGGGAGGGUCUGUCGGCAUGGUGAUGCAAAUCGGCACCUCUCUGUGGACAAUCGUUUAAAAAAAAAAAAAGAAACAUAGAAUUCUGGUAAUUCUAAUGACAAACGCAAUGAUUUUAGCUGUCAAAGACUCCAUCCACCAUUGUUGCAUAGUGAAAUCAUGUAAGGCCAUCUGCUAUUAAUCCUUCUCUGGACAGGUGCCCUGGAGAAGCACGGGGCACCAACACAAUGAAAAGGGUCCAUUCCACCUGUUUUAUAAUGUACUACAGGGUAUAUGGUCAUAAGUACUUACUAUACAGAAAAAAAGUAAUGUUUAUAGAAUCUAUUUUAAAUAACAUGUAUGAUAUUAGUAGUUAGACCAUUCUUAAUUGUUGAAUUGAUAAGGCACUUUUAUUUACACCUUUCUUUAAUUUAAGACUUGUAUAUUUACCUAGUGAUGUGUUGCAUGUGCACAAGAAAUACAAGUUGAACCAUGGUCACAGAGGCUAGUCCUGGGAGCUGCGGAUGAUACUGGUCUGGAAGUGCAAGGGCUGUCUGUUAGGAUUUGCUGGUGAGGCUGCUGGUUGGAGAACAAAGAGGCGUGCAUGAGAAGGCAGGUUAGAGGAGCUCCGUCACCUGUUACCUCAACAACCGCCUGCGCGACACCUGUCAAAAUGUAGCUUUGAAGCUCCUUUUAGCGAGAACGCACACAGCCGACAAACGUUGUAGUGACGUUGCAGUCUCGUGGCUUUCUUGAUCUUUUGUUGUGUAAAAAUACAAGGAAACUGACGUAUGGCACGGUGAGACAUUUGCGACACAUUGGCUUUUAUGUUUUUUUAUAUGACUCACUACAUAUUUGGUACUAAUUUUACUUUGAAAAACCUUUCGUGUUAUGUUAAGAAAGCCACAAUGAAACAUAAAAAUCAAACGUUUCCCCAGCCAGGCCUCACAAAUCAACGUUGAAUAGCCGUAUGGCCGGGCUGUGAAGAUCCACACACACGUAGACUGUAAUCCAAUUGUUCCAUCUAGUGGAAGGUAAAGAAACAACAAGCAAGCUAACAGCCUAAUGACACAGACCCAAGGUCUAACCUUAAAGCACACUCGCGAGCCUCUGUCAAAGUGUUUCUUUUGAGUGACUUUAUCUUGCCUUCUCACCACAGCCUCAGCCUCAGCAACGCCACAACAGGACACAGAAGGAACAGUGAAGGGAAAGUGAAUAUUCAAAGCCUUGUCUGGUAUUAAAGCUUCUAUUUUUGUAACAUGUUUUGGUUAAUAAACUCAUGAAAGAGAACGAGGGAGAGAAAAAGAUGUCAGGUAGCACUUAACUAUAUUCCUGCAAUAAUUAGACUAGCUGUUCUUUGUAUGAUUAGGGGAGAAACAUAAAAAUGGUAGGACAAGUGCUAUUUUCAGAAUGCUUUGUUGUUGUGCUUCUGUUUUGUUGAGUGUGUCUUUCUUGUCAGUGUGGUAGUAAAGUGGUAGAAAAAAAAAAAAAAAAAAACCCUGGAUGUGCCAAACAGUAGUCGUUGCUUCCGCUUUUUCCAGUCUACUCGUCUAUAACGUAGAAUGGAUUCCUAAGACAUUCCAGCAAUCUCAGUAGCGGCUUCUAGAAAUAUCUUUAAACAAAAAAAGAGCAAAAAGAAGAAAAAAAAAGACGAAAAAAUGAUAUCCCUUUAGAAACCCAACAAAGCAUGUUGAUACAUCUGUCACCAACCGUAACAUAGAAUCCAGUUGUAUGUCUUUUGUUUUCUGUUUGCACACUAUCAUUCCUCUGCCGUGCAAUUUGUACGAGGCGUUAAUGCCUCGUGCUGUCACCCCUCAGGGAAGAGUUUCUUUUGCGCUUUCUGUUUGAGAGGACAUUUGUUUGUACUCAUUAGGUUUAGUUUGUGUUUUUUUCUUUUUGUCAGGGAUGUUCCAUGAGACGUGGUUGAGAUUAACAUUUGAAUAUUCAUCAGAAUUUCACAUUAUGGAUGUCCUUAACGGGGCCCCCAAGCCACUCAAAGAUCACUGCGCCCCUACGGUCAAGAAAAUUUCAUUUGUUUAAAAGAAAAAACAAAGCCCAUCACUUUUACAAACCACAGUUUUAUCAGCACACAGCAUAUUCCUGUCACACACACACAAAAAAAAAUCUGUUUUGGUUUUAAAACGGUGUCAUCAGGGUCUUUAAAAAUGAUAACCCUCUUUGUUAGAAAAACCAAAUAUUCUUAUGCAAUACUAAAUCUGUUGUGUUUGGGUUGUAGUAGAUAUGCUGUACCUAAGUAAUAAUCUCUGUUUUGAUCCAAUGCUAUUUUGGAUAUGCACAAGCCCUCUACGACUAGUAAACCUCAGUCUCCCAGCAAAAGAAAAACCCAGUCUGGAACACUGCUAGACAAUCCAGGUUGAGAGGGCCCAGCGGCCCCCCGGCGAGAGCAGCGAAAAGAGGAUGAGGUGUGAACGCUCAGGGAGGUAACAGGUAGACCGAAGAAGCAGCUCGCUUUCCUCUGGACAGUUGCAUUUGAUUAUGUGAAUUUAUGAGGUCUUUAAAAAAGGAAAAAAAAAAUCUCUUCAAAGCACUCGAUUGAUACGAAGAGGUGGCGUAGCACACUGAACACGCAGUGCAGCACUUACUGUUCAGAAAAUAAUUAAGAAAAGAUGGAGGUUUGGCUGAUAUCCUGUUAUUUAUUUGCAAAAAAAAAAGGUUUGUUUCUUGAAAAUGAUUCCAUUUUUUGAAGCUGUUGUAAUAUCGCUUGUCACAUCAAACAAUUCAGUAUUUUCUCAGAUAUGAUCAGUUUGAGGUCUACCACCAAAACGGUUCUGCUCUCAUGAAGUGAAAAUAUGUUUUUUAUUUGCAUUCAAGUCGAAAUGGUUGAGUGGCAUGUAAUGUGUUCAAUAUAAAACAAGCAAUAUGCCUUGUGUUACAAUUACGGGUCUCUACAGUGCAGUCAUCAUCCUUUUUUUGAAUUGACUUUACUCACUCAGCUGAUGACGUUUACUCUCAGUCUAGAACAAAAAGCCCCAUCACUCUUGUGUUCAUCCUAUGUACUGGUGUGGCUGCGAUACUGGCAGGAUAGCAGAAACUGGUCAUCAAAACACACUUGUGUCUAACUAUAAACUGCGCCUUCACACAGGCCUGUAAAGUGAUGUCCUUCUGUAUAUUCUCACUUGAGAUAAUCCCGGUUUAAGUAAGGGAUUGAUGCUAAGUGUGCUAUUCAAUCAGUGUAUAGUAUACAGUAAAAUGUGCUGGUCCUUCUGUCUCUGCUCUGUUGUCUGUUUGUACAAAGCAAUAGUGUGUGUGUGCGUGUGUGUGUGUGUAUGUGUUUGUUCUCACAGUGUGUGAAUAAAAUAAACCCCAGACAAGGCUUUAAUAAUUACAGAGGAACAGGGUUAUGUGGACGAGGAUUUUUAUUUUGGACUUUUGAAAAAAAGUAUUAAAAAAAAGGUUUUUGGAAAUGCUGAGCUUGAUCCAUCCAUAAUAGGUGUAGGUUUUUAAAAAGCAUGACAUAAUGCCUUCGACAAUUCAGCGGUCUGCAGAGAGCUGUGAGGCGACAUUGACCGGCUUCACAGCGAGAACACGCUUUGCUAUCAGUUGGGACAGCGCGGCCACGGGCCUGAGCUGAGAUGAACUGAAAUGAAUUCAGGAGCGCAAAUUGUGAAAAUGAGUCUUCUCGGGGGCCAUAAAUUGUGAAGAUCAGUGUUAUGUCACGCUUUCAAAAAAAAAGUUGUGCUGGAGUGUCGGUGUGUUACCCAGAAUUACGAGUCAGUCGUCACAUUUUUAAACAGAACUCAUUUUUCCAAAGCACAGCUGAUAAGGAUUUAUGAUUAAAAAUACGUUUAAGAAUAUAGUUUAAAAAGAAGAAAAAACGAAAAGCAACUUUUAGCCAUAAUCGAAUGUCAAGCAAUAAUAUAUGUCUGUGUAUUAUUUCUGAUUCUUUUGUGCAUAAUAGUCUUUGAACAUCUGCAUGUAAAUACACCUCUUAUUUAUCACUUUUUUUUUUUUUUUUGGUUUAUUUUGUGUUGAUUUUUCGUGGAUGUUUUUAUGUUUCAUCUGUAUAUUUGACCAGUUCUGUUCCCAGGUGGAGAACUAAGAACUUGACAUGGCCUGUAUGCUGUAUAUCUUAUUUUUCUCACUCUCUCUCUCUCUCCCUCAUUCUCGGCUGUUUAUUCACCAUAUUUAAUGUUAUUAUUGAUCACGUGUAUAAAGGUAGCUUUGUUAUUUCUGUCUGUAUAGGUAAGAGGAAAAUACUGCUACUAAGGCCUACCCAGUGAAACUAUUUAUCUGUUUAUCAAUGACACCAUAUUGUACGAUAACUCUGUUUCUAGUUUGCUUCCCUCCUUUAGGAUUAGUUUGAUAGAGAUAGGGUGUGCUGACAUUUAUUUUGUGUUGCCCUGAUGUGUGGUGCUAGGUAAGUUAAUUUUGUGAACAAAGUAUUGAUUCCUAAGCCUGGCCGCCCUAUUAGUCCAUUCAUUUCAUUGCAUAUUAAUGUAUUAUUGAUAUUAGGACUCAAUAAAUGAUAAUGAUAAUGAAAAUUAUAGUGGAUAAAAUUACCCAGCCAGCACCUGUAUCAGUGUGCUCGUCUUGGGAUAAGGCACUUAUUUCCUUCUGACUUAUAGCAAAGCUAGUAUCUGCUAAUUAACAAGCUAUUUAAGGUUGCUUUUCUGGUUUGUGGAAAAAUGAUAAUAUUCAAAAUGAAACAGCAGUAUUGUGUUUUUUUCCCUUUGUCUGAUUGUAAAAAACCACUCACUGAGGCUAUAGUUUGUCAGGUUUUAAGAUACUAAAUAUUUACCUCUCUUGUGUCUGCAUAGUUCUUCACCUGAUGCAGGGAAGUGGUGCUUGGAUUUUAUUAAACAGAGCCUCUGUAUGCUUUUGUUAUCCCCCAUUUUAGACUAUCCCGACACUGGUGUCUGCAGACCAGUGGCAUAAACCUCUUGCACCACAUGAAGUGUUACAAAUUUACAUGAAAGAAUUGCCAUUCGAGGACAAAGUCGACCUUUUUCUCUCCACUCUGUAGCAAAUAUCAGUGAGAAUAUGCUUGCAAUAAUACACAACGUAUCACACUGAGUGCCUCUCGGUGUAACAAGAUGCAUACAUGGUUUCGAUUGUCUUGCUUUUUGUGUUUUUUUUUCCACGUGUACUAAAGUGACAAUGUAUUUUGUACAUGAGGAGGAAUUCUCAGCUCUCACAUGCUUCAAAUGUUUUUUCAGAUUCUUUCUUUAUGUGAUGUUAAUCAUUUUUCACGUGGGUUGAUGCGUUUUGUUAAAGGGUUUCAAUGUAUAGAUGGUCCGUUUAGAGUGUACCUGUCACCCCUCACCUUUGGUUUUUUUUUUGAGAAACGUUAAUUGGGAAGUUUGUCUCAUGUUGAUCUUGAAUGGUCAAAUAAAUGCUCGCAGACAAUACUGCAGAAAUGUUCACUUUUUUUUU